UUGUGACAGAGGGAGGUUCAUUGUCAGCUUAGCACAUCUCUCUGACACAGGCUGCUCCUGCCUCGCAGUCCACAUUCACGUCUGCUGCCGGUGUGUAUGGUGUGGUGUCCCGGCUGGAAAGAUGUCGUCCAUCAAGCAGCGUCUGGUAUACGCAGUGGUCCAGUUCCUGAGAGAGCAGAGUCAGCAGGAAGAGUGCACACCAGAUGAGCAAGAAAGCCUGGAAGUUGCAGUGCAAUGCCUGGAGACUGUUUUUAAGCUCUGCCCAGGGGAUCAACAUCUUGCAGUGCCGCAAACAUUGGAAGAUAUUUUCUCACAAGCAGUUAAGGAAAUAACAUCUAACAAGAUCUCUCCAUCAUCACCAUCAGCUGCAGAAAAGGCUGAACAACUAAAGGAUGAAGGUAAUGCUUUCAUGAAGGAGCAGAACUAUGACGCGGCUGUAGAUUGCUACUCACAGGCUAUAGAACUGGAUCCCAGCAAUGCAGUGUAUUACUGUAACAGAGCAGCAGCCCAGAGCCAGAGAGGAAAGCACAGUGAAUCAGUAAGAGACUGCGAGAAAGCCAUAUCCAUUGAUGCCAAGUACAGCAAAGCCUAUGGAAGGAUGGGGCGUGCAUUGGUGGCCAUGUCUAGGUACAAAGAAGCUAUUGAAAGCUACCAGAAAGCCCUGGAUCUAGAUCCUCAAAAUGAAUCCUAUAGAAUGAAUUUGAAACUAGCGGAACAGAAGCUGAGGCAGAUCCCAAGCCCUAUAAGCACUGAAUGGGGCUUUGAUAUGGCCAGCCUGAUGAACAACCCUGCUUUUGUAAGCAUGGCAGCCAGCUUGAUGCGGGAUCCCCAAGUGCAACAGCUGAUGUCGGGUAUGAUGUCCAAUGCAGCAGUCGGCCCAGCUGCCGGCGUCGGCGGAUUAACAGACCUCUCAAGUCUAAUCCAAGCUGGGCAGCAGUUUGCUCAGCAGAUCCAGCAGCAGAAUCCAGAUCUAAUACAGCAAUUGAGGAAUCACGUUCGAAGCAGGUCAUUUAGCGGCACAACGGAGGAGCGCUCUUGAGGCAAAGCAGGUAGUCACGUCAGCUGAAGAGAAGAGAAAGCCAGCGCUGCUCAUGUGUGAGGAGAAUGGGACUUACGGUGAGGAGGCUGCAGACUACAUUCCAUGAAUAAUGUUUCAUUGUCACACACAUUCAAUACACAGAGACUCAGGAACAUCCGUGAAUGAGGAGAACUCCUUGUGUGAAAGAAUAGAGCCAACCGGGCUUAUACCAACUAAAAAGAUCAAAUUAGCCAUUUACACUGAUGUCUGAAAGCUCCAAGUGUGGUUCCUGGAAAGGGAUGAAGUACUGGAAACUGAAACCAUCACUCCUUGUAUAUCCUGCACUUGCUCCCAAACCUCUCAAUAUACACAUUUCUACUUGUUUUGAAGACCAAAAUUGUGCAGUUUAUUCUAAUAUUAAGCUCACUGUGCCGUUUAUUUUUAUAAGAAUGUAUCAGACUAGUUGUGGCUGUUCUACAGAUUUAGGGUAAGGACACGCUGCCUAUCGACAGUAGAUGUUUCCUUGCUCAAGACUCAUGUGAUGGUUUUUACCCAAUUGCAAUUCAGUGUAAUGGGAGGCAAUUUCAGUUGCAUUGUGGAGUUUUGGCCAAGGAACAAAAAAAAAAACUCCAAAGCCGAAAAAGUGUGCAAAAGUACCAUUUAAUCAGAACGCAGAGGGAAAAUCUCAUGUUAGACACUCAUGAAUACACAGUUCCAAACGAUGGGAAGAUUUUGUAAAUAUAUUGCAAAUCAUAGGAACUUAAUAUUCAGUACUGAAAAGAGAUGGAAUGAUACAAGCUGUUAAAUCUGUAUUGCUUCAUAACUAACUAAUAAAAACAGCGCUGAACGAAUCACAGCCCUUCAGCCUUUUUUUGAAUGAACAACC